ACGUGUUUUAAAAAGCAAGUCCACUCCAAGAACCCUGAUUGGACCUUAUAACUAAAGGAAAGCCGACAUAAAUCACCCCAGCUGAAAUCCUUUUUUCAUAAGUUCAGUCGUAUUUAGACCUUGGCGUUAAGAGGGAAAAGAAAGUCGUAUUGAGCCUUUUACGUCGUGGUACAGAGGAGGUUGGAUUAUUUUCUCCGAAAGAGAACGACAGUACGAUCCCGAGAAGGGUGCUUUCUUGGGCAAAUCCUGGACAGAUCCGUUGGAAUUUUCCCAUUUGUUACCCAUCCGAGCCCUCCAACAACCAAUUUCACCACUACGACUUCUUCUUCAUCUCUUUGUCCCACCACGAUGGCAAAGGUCUGGGUUCGUCGUCUCACGAUUUUAAUUUUCCUCCUCGCCUCCAUUCAUUUGAAUGCAAGCCAGAAGGAGGAUGAAAUCACAUCAGAAGGAGGCCAGUGGAAUGAUGAGCAGUCCGACGAGGUCACCAUACCCGAUCCCCAAGACGGAAGCCAGAAAUUGAGUUACAAGACCCCCAAGUUAAACGAGGAGGAGCAGAACUCCCCAUUUAUCACGGACGGUAUGAAAUGUGAUUCUUGUCAAGCCGUGGCCGUCCAACUUCACCGAGCCUUCGAGGAUGGACACAAGCACCGAACCAACCAGGAUUGGAGGAUGUCAGAAGCCACCAUUAUAGAUAAGACAGAGCAAGUCUGCACCUAUCAGAACUUUGAGAAAUACGGCAUCAGUUCAUAUCAAGGCGAAAACCGACUCAAGGGACCCGGGAUCUUUGACGAGCCGGGCUUGGCUCAAAUGGGCGGAAAGACUCCCUUUCGACUAGCUCAACUCUGCGGGGCGUUUAUGGACCUGGACGAGAUGGUGAUCUAUGAAUAUUGGGCUCGUAACGGACGCACGUCCCACGCUCUCAAGGAGUUCCUGUGCGUUGAAAGUCAGGACUACUGUCGAUCAAGCUCUCGCUCACGAGAAGAGCUUUGACCUCUCUCUUCUUAAUGAGACCUUAUUAUGAAGAAGAAAUCUAUUCAUUCAUAUUGUGAGUGUGUGGGGGGGCACACGUUGUGUACGUGUCCCUUGAUGAAUUGCGAAAGAGUGAAGAAUAAAACACGCUCUUCUAAGCGUGUAAAAAACGAGAUUAGAGGAAACUGCGGCAAGCCGUC